UAUUCAGCCUGUCGGCCAAACUUGUUUCCCCUAUGUACAGCUUCUUCAGUUGCUAGAGGCUAAAUGCUUAUCAUACUAUCUUAAGCCACCGCAAGAUGUGCUUUGAGAUUUAUCUCCUCCGUGCCGACGCCCUUCUGAAGGAAAGCGUGAUGAAUCGACGUCUUGGGGGGACGUGGAGGUCGUUGCCAUGGAAACCGAGGCGUCCGCCCGAGCACCCCUGGCCGUCUCACGAAAAACAUCAAAAUGACCACUUGUGUGUAAAAACUGGCCGGCUACCAAAACACACACCCGGCAUAGCUCAGAUUGUAGGACGUCAUCCCUACGAGCGCCUUUAAGGAAGCCGUCCCGUCUUAAGGACGUCCAGACAUCUAGGAGGAGCAGCAGGCAUCAGACGUGCCAAGAACGUCUUAAGCGGAUUAGGAGAUAUAGAAGAGCAGCAACACGUCGUGAUCAGGUUGUGGAGUGGCGGAGUUGUUGAACAGAGGCAAGAUGAAAUUGUGCCCUGUAAUUGGUCUGGUGUUCCUGUCAACACUACACACAGCCACAUGGGCCUAUCGGUCGGAGGAACGGUUACUGGACGCCCUUUUGUCCGGUCUGCACAGAGACGUGAUUCCCAUGGUGGAUAACAGGACCGCAGUGGUGGUGGACGUCUCUAUGACUGUAGCCAGCAUUCUGGCAGUGGAUGACAAGAACCAAGAACUGAAGACGUUGAGCUGGCUGCAAAUGAGUUGGAAGGAAUGCUGUCUCAGUUGGAAAGACUACCGUCUGAGGUGGAAUCCGGGGCAGUACGACAACAUCAGGAAGAUCAACAUCCCGUCUGACCAGCUGUGGAGACCGGACCUGCUGCCAUACAACUCGCGCACCCUUGACAGCGGUCUUGACCUGACGGUAGAUGCGAUCGUGAGCUCGGACGGCGAAGUGACGUUCAUCCCGAAGUGGCUGACGCAGACCUCGUGCGCGUUUGACGCCACCUACUACCCCUUCGACGAGCAGACGUGCGACCUGAAAGUGGGGUCAUGGACCCACCAUAACCGGGAAAUAGACCUCCGCCUUGGUCUAGAGUCUAUUUCGCUUGAACCAUUCGUUGAGGAUUCGACCUGGCAGAUCAAGAAGACCCAAGCGACGAGGCACGUGAUGAAGUAUGAAUGCUGCCCGGAAGCUUACGUGCACAUUCUGUUCUCCGUCAGCUUCAGUCGCUCGCCGAGCUCGCUGCUCACAUUCAACCUCAUCGCGCCAACGGUGCUUUUCCUGGCGGCCGCCGUGCUGGGGUUCUACCUGCCCUCCGACACGGGCAGCCGGACUCUGCUGGGGGUCGUAUCUCUGCUGGGGGUCACGCUGGUCUCCCUGCUCAACUACGGGCACUUCCCUCUCAGCGGCCAUGGAACGACGCCUAUCAUUGGCCAGUUCUACGCCCUUGCCGUGAUCCUGGUGGGGCUGUUCACGGUGGUGACCAUCGGACUGUGGGGCAUCCACCACCACGCGGCGGACCUCAGCCCCGUACCUGGCUGGCUGAAGGCGGCCUUGUCCGUCCUAACCAGGGUCUGCUGCAUCCGCUACCCGGCAGCGGCCUCCGACAAGGAUGGGGCUCCACUGGGUUCCAUCGCGACCGGAGACGGUCCAGCUGAGGGCGGCGCCGCCUCCACCGUUACUGAGAUCAAGAAGCUGAAGUGCAUGCAGGACAUUCUGCAGAACGUGCACGCCAUCGCCCAGACCGUUGACGAGCAGUCCAGGAACACCGCCAACCAGCGGGACUGGAAGAACGUGGCGCUGGUCAUCGACCGCAUCCUGCUGACGGCCUUCAUCCUGACCGCGCUCAUCGGCACCCUCGCCAUCCUGCUGCAGCUGGCCUGAACCGGUCGGAUCUGGUCUGAACCGGUGGGCUCUGGUUUGAACCGGCC